AUGGCCCACGAGCUGCUGGGCAUUCGUUUCAACCGAAUAGAUUUGAGCAAAUCUCCGACGGCGCCUCCGGACCUCAAAGAAGUCCUUUUGGACGAACGCCAGGACCUCUUCUACCGCAAGAACUGCAUGGCGAACUUCGGGGAGCUGGGGGUGGCGGUGAAGCAGCACGUAAAUGAGUAUCAAGAGAAAACGAAGGCCAGCAGCAGUUUGACCAACUUAGAGGCCCUCAAAGACUUCGUCGAAAAACUCCCCGAGAGCCGCCGCCUUUCCAGUUCUGUGUUUAAGCAUGUGGGAGUGAUAAGCGAAUUGUCUCGAAUUGUGCGGGAGAGGAAUUUGCUGGUCUUGUCGGAGCUGGAGCAAAGCCUGGCCUGCAGCAGCAGCAGCAGCAGCAAGCAACAGCAGCAGCACUUCACCGCAGUCUGCAGCCAAAUACAAAACAAACAAAACACAAAUUUAGACAAACUCAGACUCGCGCUCCUCUACUGCAUCAGAUACGAAGGCAGCGAGACUGUAGCAGCUGUGCGGGAGGAAUUAGCUGCUGCUGGCCUCCCUGGGGACUCGCUGCUGCUGCUGCUGCUGCUGCUGCAGUACUCCAGCAAGAGCAGCAGAUCUGAAGAUCUCUUCAGAGACAAAUCGCUGCUGCAAGUUGCAAAGAAUCUCGCCAAGGGACUUCAGGGAGUGGCCAAUGUCUAUACACAGCACAAAAGCCUUUUGAGUUCUGUGGUGGAGUCCCUCAUCAAAGGAAAACUCAAAGAAAGCACUUAUGCUGUUUUGGGCCCCAACAAAAACCCCACAGCCGCAGCAGCCCCCAGAGAAGGACUGCAGACGGUUUUGGUUUUUGUGAUUGGAGGAGCGACUUACCAAGAGGAGCGGGAAAUGCAGGAGCUGAGCAGCAGCGCUGGGGUGUCUGUACUGCUGGGGGGCAGCAGCGUGGUGAACGCGAAGCAGUUUCUGGCGGACGUCGCGCAGGUCCAGCUGCCGAAUGUGUGA